AGGAAGAGCCUGGGGACCUUCUAGACCCCCCUGUUUCCCCCUCCGAGAUCCCCACGUGGGUGCCAGCCUCGCCCUCGGAAAAGGAGGAGGGGGAAGUGGGUGAGGUGACCAUUUCUCUGGGGAUCUCACCCACUCCAGCUUGGCACAAGAGCCUUGGAGACAGACAGACCCCUUUGUCUCCCUUGUCGCUUUCUUCCCAACUGGAAAGAUGGGCCUUCUCUUUUGACCUUGGUUCUUGUAUGUUUUCCGUUCUGUCUGGCCAUGUUCCAGAAGCAUUCUCUCCUGACGUUUCGCCCACAUCUAUGGCAGGCAUCCUCAGAGGUUGUGAGAACCAAACUGUGCCACAACCAGCCAUGCUGGGUUUCCGCUUUUUCCGGUCCAGCUGGAGGUGAGCUGAGCAUGGAGUAGCGCAUGGCGUCUCCGGCCAGGAUGACCAAAGCGCGACUCUUCCGCCUGUCGGUGGUGGUGGGCUCUCUCUUCAUGAUCCUGCUGAUCAUUGUCUACUGGGACAACGUGGGCACGGCUCACUUCUACCUCCACACCACCCUCUCGAGGCCCCACGGCGCGCUCCCCACGGCCAUCCAGGGGGACAGGCAGCAAUCGUUGGCCGAGGUGGACGAAUUCCUGGAGACGCUCUUGAGCUCUGACCUGAAACGGAGCCCGGUCAAGCUUGGCCAAAGGACAGAGCGGCCGCUCUUGCAAGCUUCCAGCCACCCCAUCGCGGGCAACUUGGAGGAGAACGUCCGAGGCUACGACUGGUCCACCCGGGACGCCAGGCUGAUCCUGGACCAAGAGAAGCUGCAGGCGGAGCGGCGGAGGACCUUGCGGGAGCUCUGUGCCAAUUCCAGCUUCAGCUUCCCGACCAAGGAGCGCUCCUUCGACGACAUCCCCAACUACGAGCUCAACCACCUCAUUGUGGACGACCGCCACGGCGUCAUCUAUUGCUACGUCCCCAAAGUGGCCUGCACCAACUGGAAGCGGGUGAUGAUCGUCCUCAGCGAGAGCCUGAUGGACCAAGGCGUCCCUUACGCCGACCCCUUGGACAUCCCCCGCGAGCACGUCCACAACACCAGCACCCACUUCACCUUCAACAAGUUCUGGCGCCGCUACGGGAAGUUCUCCCGGCACCUCAUGAAGAUCAAGCUGAAGAAGUACACCAAGUUCCUCUUCGUCCGAGACCCCUUCGUGCGGCUCAUCUCGGCCUUCCGCAGCAAGUUCGAGCUGGAGAACGAGGAGUUCUACCGGCGCUUUGCCGUCCCCAUGUUGAAGCUCUACUCCAACCUCACCAGCCUCCCCACCUCGGUGAGCGAGGCCUUCGAGGCCGGACUCCGGGUCUCCUUCUCGGACUUCAUCCAGUACUUGCUGGACCCUCGGACAGAGAAGAUGGCCCCUUUCAACGAACACUGGAGGCAGGUCUACCGCCUCUGUCACCCCUGCCAGAUAGAGUACGACUUUGUCGGCAAGUUGGAGACAUUGGACGAAGACGCAGCUCAGCUCCUGCAGCUUCUCAAGGUGGACCAUCUCCUCCGCUUCCCUCCCAGUUACCGGAACAGGACAGCCAGCAGCUGGGAGGAAGACUGGUUUGCCAAAAUCCCCGUGGCGUGGAGGCAACAGCUCUACAAGUUGUACGAGGCAGACUUUGUCCUCUUCGGUUAUCCAAAGCCGGAGAACUUGCUCAAAAACUGAACACAGUGGAACUUGCCCUUCUAUAUUGUCAAAACUUUCAUGGCCAGGAUCACAGGGUUGUUGUAUGUUUUCCGGGCUGUCUGGCCAUGUUCUAGAAGUAUUCUCUCCUGACGUUUCGCCCACAUCUAUGGCAGGCAUCCUCAGAGGUUGUGAAGUACGGAGAAACUAAGCAAGGAAGGUUUAUAUAUAUCUACUAGCUGUGCCCGGCCACGCGUUGCUGUGGCGAAGUAUGGUGGUAUGGGAAAUGAAAGUACAGUAGAGUUUCACUUAUCCAACAUAAACGGGCCAGUAGAACGUUGGAUAAGCGAAUAUGUUAGAUAAUAAGGAGGGAUUAAGGAGAAGCCUAUUAAACAUCAAAUUAGGUUAUGAUUUUACAAAUUAAGCACCAAAACAUCAUGUUAGACAACAAAUUUGACAGAAAAAGAAGCUCAAUACACAGUAAUGUUAUGUAGUAAUUACUGUAUUUAUGAAUUUAGCACCAAAAUAUCACGAUAUAUUGAAAGCAUACAAAAGUGCGUUGGAUAAUCCAGAACGUUGGAUAAGUGAGUGUUGGAUAAGUGAGAUUCUACUGUAUUAAGGAAUUGGUGGUAGUUAAGGUAAAGGGUAAAGCUUUUUCCCUGACAUUAAGUCCAUUAUAAAAGGGUAAUAUAGCUGUGUGGAAGGGCCUUGAGUCUACACUGCCAUAUAAUCCAGUUAAAAUCAGAUAAUCUGUAUUUGAUAGGCAGUUUGGAAGAGGCCUAAGUGAGGCCUAACUCUGCUUUUUCCCUGGGCUGGAUGGGUUGCUAGGAGACCAAGUGGGCAGAGCUUAGCCUUCUAACUGGCAGCAAUUGGAUAAAAACAAUUCUUCCUCUCCCUCUAAUUAGGACUUUGUUUUUCUUUUCUUUUUGUUGUAUGAACGUAGAGGCAUGGAUGAGGGGUUGUGCUGCCAAGUUUAGUGUUUCUGGGAUGUGCAUUUUUGUUGUUUUGUCCUAGGCCGAAAUUUCAUUACCCUUUUAUAUAUAUAGAUGGAAAGUCCAGGAUGAGAGAAAAACUCUUGUCAGUUGGAGGCCAGCGUGAAUGUUGUAGCUAAUCAGGAUUGUUGUAUGUUUUCUGGGCUGUCUGGCCAUGUUCUAGAAGUAUUCUCUCCUGACGUUUCACCCACAUCUAUGGCAGGCAUCCUCAGAGGUUGUGAGAUAUGGAGAAACUAAGCAAGGAAGGUUUAUAUAUAUAUCUGUGGAAAGUCCAGGGUGAGGGAAGAACUCUUGUCAGUUGGAGGCCAGUGUGAAUAUUGCAGCUAAUCACCCUAAUUUGCAUUGAAUGGCUUCAUCUACUGGCUACUUUCUGCCUGGGGGCAUCCUUUGUUAGCUGCCCCUAGUUCCCAUGUCUCAGAGUGUUGCUUCUUAUUUACUGUUCUGAUUUUUGAGUUUUUAAAUACUGGUAGCCAGAUUUUGUUCAUUUUCAUGGUUUCCUCCUUUCUGUUGUCCACAUGCUUUGUGAAUUUCAAUAAUAAUAAUAAUAAUAAUAAUAAUAAUAAUAAUAAUAAUAAUAAUAAUAAUAAUAAUAAUAACUUUAUUUUUAUACCCCGCCUCUAUCUUCCCAAAGGGGACUCAGGGCGGCUUACAUGGCGCCAAGCCCGAAUAAAAACAAUAGCAAUAUAAAACACAACAAUAGACAAAAAACAUGCACAAUUAUAAAAAUGUAAACAUUAGCCAAUAAAAACAAAUGACAAGAACUAAUAAAAACAUGGAUUAAAACGGAGAGGUUGUAAAAGUAGACUGGGUAAGGUGCACCAUAUAAAUAUUGUAAACACGAGGUGACUGAUAAAAGUGCUGCAAAUUCUUGGAAGUGCAAAUUGGGAUGGGAGUAGACCCUGCUGUGUCUAUAUCAAGUUGAGAAAGGUAAAAAGUGCAAACCGGUACAAGAAUGGUCACAGAUACAGGAUUGUUAUGGGGAUGAGCAAUCUUUAUCCAAAUUUCAAUGGCUUCUCUGUGUAGUCUGACAUGAUAGUUGUUGGAGUGGUCAAGCAUUUCUGUGUUCUCAAAUAAUAUACUGUGUCCAGGCUGGUUCAUCAGGUGCUCUGCUAUGGCUGAUUUCUCCGGUUGAGAUAGUCUGCAGUGCCUUUCAUGUUCUUUGACUUGUGUUUGGCCAUUGCUGCGUUUGGUGGCUAUCAGUAUUUAAAAAAACUCAAAAAUCAGAACAGUAGAUGGGAAGCAACACUCUGAGGGCAGAGGAGCCCCAAGGACGGCUAAUGACUCUGAACAAAGGAUGCGCCCCAGGCAAGAGACAAACCUUUCCAAUGCUAAUUAGGGUGAUUAACUGAAACAUUAACGCUGGCCUCCAACUGACAAAGAGUUCUUCUCUCACCCUGGACUUUCCACAGAUAUAUAUACAGUAGAGUCUUAUCCAACGUAAACGGGCCGGCUGAAUGUUGGAUAAGCGAAUAUGUUGGAUAAUAAGGAGGCAUUAAGGAAAAGCUUAUUAAACAUCAAAUUAGGUUAUGAUUUCACAAAUUAAGCACCAAAACAUCAUGUUAUACAACAAAUAUGACAGAAAAAGUAGUUCAAUACGUAGUAAUGCUAUGUAGUAAUUACUGUAUUUACGAAAUUAGCACCAAAAUAUCACUAUAUAUUGAAAACAUUGACUACAAAAAUGCGUUGGAUAAGCAAGCGUUGGAUAAGUGAGACUCUACUGUAUAUAUAAACCUUCCUUGCUGAGUUUUUCCAUACCUCACAACCUCUGAGGAUGCCUGCCAUAGAUGUGGGCGAAACGUCAGGAGAGAAUGCUUCUGGAACAUGGCCAGACAGCACAGAAAACAUACAACAACCUUGUAUGUAUUUUUAUUUGUCAAAUGCAAGAGUUUCUCUUAUUGAUGGUGAAAUGCUCAAGCAUCCCGUUUGUUCUCCUAUUUGCUUGAGUUCACCAUCCUUGAAUCUUCUUCUUUGGUUGCCCUGUUUUUUCUUGUCCUGCCCUACCACAUUUUGCUCCUAUGCGGAUGAUUUUUUACAAAGUGCAUUUUUUUUAUAAAAAGACAAAACAUGGGAAGAAAAGAAAGAAGAAUUAAUAUAUUGAAAUAUUUAAUACGAACCCUGCGGUGGAAAAGAGAGAGUAAAAGGGUUCACUACCUUG